AUGGACGGAAAAGGAAAAGGGAAUCCAUAUCCGAUAGAUAAAAUGUCAAAUAAGACCGAACCCGAAACCGAUACACCGGAACUCCCAGUCUCCGUCCAACAACAAGCAAUCGACGAAAACGAAGCAUUGAUUAUGGAAUCCUUCUCCUCUAACAACAGAUGCUGCUCUUUCCUUCCUUGUUUCGGGUCACAGCCCAGCCCGACCCGAUUAUCCGGGCUUGGCGGGUCAUCCUCCUCUCCGUCCAUGUGGGAGAGGCUCCAACAGACGGCUGAGAUUGAAAGUAAGUGGUGGGCUGGGCCGUUAAAGGGCCUUAAGAAGAUCCGGGAGUGGUCCGAGAUAAUUGCUGGGCCCAAAUGGAAGACUUUUAUUCGUCGGUUUAAUCGAGGUGGGAAGAAUGUUACUGGGUCUGGGAAAUUCCAUUAUGACCCUUUGAGUUAUGCGCUUAACUUUGAUGAUGGUCCUGGGCAAAACGGUCAUUUGGAUGAUGAUGAAUAUUUUCCUGAUUUUUCUUCUCGUUUUGCUAUUAUUCCCAACUCUUGUAGAUCAUCUGUGGAUUUGGGCAAGAAUGGAAAUUCCUCUCUUUCUUAA